AUGUCGCUAUCCCCCUUCAGCGUGCCCGGUCGAGGCGUCGCGUCGCUCCACCGAGCGUCUGGCUCUAUUCUGUCGUCUCUCCGCGGUGGCAGAGGUCUUCCUUCUGUUUCUUGUUGCCUCCCCAGUCUCCCGCAGCGGCCCUACGCCGCAAUUUCAGGACUAUCCGAGCGCCACGCAGGUCCCUCUGUGCGGAGUGUGCGCCUGCCUGGGGUGCGGGUACACCUCGCGGGCGCAGAAGGUGCGUCGCUGCAAGGCGCCGUUCGUCGAGCCUGCCGAGAGGAACGUCUUCCCGCACCUUCCGCGCGUCAGACUUCGGCGUCGACGCUGCGGUUUCGCCUGUCUCUUCCGAGAUUUGCCGGCGAGCCUCGGCCGCGGGCGCGCGAGGCCGCGUCGCCAAUCCAGUCGCAACCGGCCGAAACUCCAUCCGCGAAAGCUGCCUCUCCGCCUUCGCCGGCGGGAGGCAAACACGACACCGCCGCCCAGACGCCGCUGCGAGGAGGAAAGGCGAAGAGGGCCCUCGCAGGGGCGCUCCUGCUCGGACUGGGGGCCGUGGGGGCUGCUGCAGUGCUGGACUCAAACGACGAGGCCAAGGGACUCCUUGCUUCCAGAUACCCUGACGUAGCCAAGCUCCUCGAAGCGUCUGUGUUCCCGGUACUGCGAUCGGCGGGCGUCACGGCCUCCGUUCCCGCGCCGCUGACGACUCUUCCGCAUGCCACCAAGACGCCUCAUCCGCCUCCGCUUUCGCCUUCCUCGCUUUCCCCAGCAGCCGUGGCGCCGCCGCUCCCGCCCGCUGUCGCGCAGCCGCCCCCAGAGCCCGCAUCCCGAGCCUCAGGAGCCCACGCGAGCGCCGCGCCGGAAAGUGUCUCCGUGAAGAGCCCGCUGCAACCCCCUGUGGAGCCCAAGGCGCCCGAGGCCAUUGUUGCCCAGAAGGUCAAGGAACAGCGAGAGAGAGAAGAGCGACUAAAGGAGCAGCAGAAGAAACAGCAGGCGAGGCUCGCCAUAGAGCACGAAAACGUGCAGAUGGAAUUGCUGCUCGAACUUUUUGGCAAGCUCUCUGAAGCGCAGAAACGCCUCCUCGGGGUUCUGCCACCGGAGGCGCGUCUCAGCGAGGCAGGCUCUCUCGCGGAAGUCAACACGAGGGGGAAGGGAGAGGCUGAGCAAACGUCAAAGCGCACGGAGGAGGCUAAGGAGGCCACUUCAGUGAAAGCGAGUGAAACGGAGCGCGAGGAGGCGCCGUCUCCACUCCCGAGCGUGGAGGAAGUCGUCGCGGCCGAACGGGACACGUUGCAGCACCUGAGUGUCGCCGACCUCCGCGCGCGCCUUUUGGAUCUUGUCGCCCAGCUGACCCUCGCGCGCCGCUACGAUGCCCUGCGCCGCGCAGAGGACGCGCAGAAGGCGCAGGAACAGGCGCUCGUCGCCUACGACCGAAAGCUGAAAACCGAGCUCGAGAAGGAACGGGGACGCGUGGCGGCGGAAAUGCAGGGCACUUUGCUAAAGAAGGUUGAAGAGAUUCAGGAGACAGCCGACCGCAGACUGGAGGCGGAGCUGAAGGCGCACGCGUUGCUGGCGGACGAGCGCGUGGCUGAAGAGCGCAGCAAAGCGGUCACCGACCUUGCCAAGUUCGAGGGUCAGGUUCUGGGGCUCCAUGCAGCCUUCGAUGCGCUGUCGCUCCGCGCGCAGCAGGCGCAAGCGGUCAACACUCUCAUGAGCGUCGUAGCCGCAAUCGACGACGCGCUGGAGACCUCUGCUCCUGUACUGCCGCAGCUGACGAAACUGCAAGAAAUGAGUCGCGCGGACCCGAUUCUCUUCAUGGCCGUCGACAGUCUGCCUUUCGAGGUCACUGAAGCCACGCGGAAGCCCGUUCCCACCGCGGGCGACUUGCGAGCGUCUGUGAAGAACAACAUGCGCGCGUGCGUUCAAGCCGCGUUUGUUCCGCCGAACUCGGGCAUCGUCGGGCACAUGCUCGCGCGGCUUUUCUCUUCGUUUUACGUCUUGGAGUCUCACCCGCCUCCCGUCGAUCCGGAGAGCAACGCAGAUCCGAGCCGCGCACUCGCCGAGGCGGCCAGCGAGGCGAGCAGACUAGACUCUGGAGAUUCUCGCGCACGCCAAGCCUCGGGCGCCUCUGAGUCUUUGCAGCGGUCGCAGGACGGUCUCUGUGGCCUGCGAAGAAAUCUCGCGCUCCUAUCUUACGCCUCUUUCUACGUCGAUCGGGGCGAUCUGACUAACGCGCUGAGAUGCCUGGAGCAGCUCGACGGGCUCACGCGGGCCGUCAGUGUAGGUGAAAUCCAGCGGCUUCGCGUCUUCCUGCUGCUCCAGCAAACCCUCCAGCUUGUCAAGGCGCGACUGGCGUGCAUCAAUGCUGACUUGGUCGCGGGCGCAGAGACAGCGGCGUAA